AUGACUCCGGCUGAGCUGCUGGUGUCUGAUGCCGUGGCUGUGACGUUUGCGAACCGUGCUCUUCAGGGAUUGGCUUCUGUGAUUCCCUUCCUUGUGGCCCUAUCCUGCUUUGGAGCACUUAACGGUGGCUUCUUUGAGGCACCCAGGAUGCUGUUUGUGGGAGCCAGAGAGGGCCACUGGCCUCCAGUCUUUUCCAUGAUUCACAUCUGCAGACAUACACCAGUGCCUGCUGUGCUGUUACUGGUGCCCCUGGCCAUCGCAGUCAUCUUCACAGUGGUUAGCUUCUUCAUCGUGGGCCUGUCUCUGUACUCGUACCCCUGGAACACUGGGCAAAGCUUCACUCUCACUCUGACCGGGGUCCCAGUUUACUAUGUGACCGUCUACCGCUUUCGCUUGCCCAAUAGAUGCAGACGCAUCUUCAGAACAAAGUGCCCACUGAUGGCAUACUAA